AUGAUCUCAGGUUGCUUCCAGUACAUUGUCCUCUUGCUUUUACUUUCCUCUGGAAUCAGAAGUCUCAACUGUAACCAUAUUGUGAAAUGCCAAAAAGAUGAAACUAUGAACACCAUAAAGCUUUUGGAGUCAAUGGGACCAAAAAUGAUUCCCUGGCAAUGCUUCAAUCAAAUUCAAGACUUUGCCUUCCCAAUAGGCAAUGAUACUGGGUCCAUCAAAGAGGAUGCAAGAGCAACCGUUGGUCUGAUGCUGGAACAGAUUAACAGAAUAUUUUCACAAAACUUUACCAAAGCUGAAUGGAACAUGACAAUCACUGAACAUUUUCAAAUAUCUCUGGACCAGCAGCUUGUGCAGUGGGAGAAGUGCUCAGUUGCAGAGACUGGAAAGAAAGCAACAUUUAAAGAUGUCCGUACAAAACUCAAACUGAGGAAGUACUUUUUAAGACUAGACAGGUUCCUAAAGGAUGAAGAAUACAGUUCUUGUGCCUGGGAAGCUGUGCGGCAUGAAAUUAUGGGCAUCCAGUUUGUAUUCCUUGACCAACUUUUGAGAACUCUUCAACACUAA